AACCUUUCUUUUCACUUGUCCUCUUUGUCUUUACCUAUUUACGCGUACUUUUUCUUAUAAAUAUAUAAACUUAUAGUCAAAGAAAGAAAGAAAGAAAGAAGGCUCAAAUUCUAGUUUGACAGGUUUUUCUUUUUAAAAAUAUACGCUUAUUAUGACCGAAAUUAUUAAAGAUGGUUAUUUGUCUGUCAAGGAAGAUGGGCUUAGAGCCUGGAUAUGGUCUAAAAGGUUUUGUGUCUUGAGAGAUCAAGCCUUGACCUUUCAUCGUAAUGAACAAUCAGGGCAGUGUGUAGCCUUGAUUUUUCUAAAGGAAAUCACAUCAGUAACAAGAACAGACUUGAAGCCUUAUUGUUUCGAAAUAGCUACCAAGGACAAAACUUAUUAUAUUGCAUGUAAAAAUGAUGAAGAUCUUUAUUCUUGGAUGGAUGAAAUCUACAAUAGAUCUACAGUGGGUGCAUCAGGUCCAACCAAUUUCGUUCAUGAGGUUCAUGUAGGCUUUGAUCCCAACACAGGCGCAUUUACAGGUCUACCUGAUCAAUGGACAAAACUCUUGAAAGGUUCAGCUAUUACUGCUGAAGAUGCUGCUAAGAAUCCUCAAGCUGUCUUGGAUGUCUUGGAGUUCUAUACCGAGCAAACAAAACGCGAGGCAGAAGAAUAUGGUACUUCAAACCUGAAGGGUGCUGUGGAGCGUAUGAGUGAUGAUCGCUGGGCUGCUUUGAUUAACGAAUCUUCAGCGAACGGCGGUGCUCCUCAUCGUCCUGCUCCUUCUCGUCCUGCUCCCCCACCACCUAUUCAAAGAAACAUGAAUGAAAUGAUGGACGAUUUGUCUAUUCGUUCUCCCAAGUCUCCUAUUGAUCCUCGUCACCAUUCACCUAUUGAUCGCACACCUCCUCAGAAUUACCCAAGACAAGACAACAAAUAUGCACCUAGACCAGAACCAUCCAAAUCUCAAAAAAUCAUGCCUGCUCGCACCUCUAGUAUUUCCACGUAUGAUGAACGUAUCAUGUACGAACGUGAAAAGUUAGAAGUCGAAUUACGUGAACGAGAGCGUCAAUUGAAGGAACAACAACGCGAAAAAGAAAGAUUACGUGAUCAACAACAACAAAAGGAGCGUGAAAGAGAACGUCAACGCGAGCGUGAACGUGAGCGUGAACGUGAGCGAGAAAGAGAGCACCGUGAACGCGAAAGAGAAAAGGCUGCUCAACAAGUCUCUGCUCCUAAAAAGAAGGUUGAACAGCGUAUCAGUACAAUGACAGAAGCUCAAGUGAUGGAACAACUCAGAAGUGUUGUUACUUCCGGCGAUCCAAAUGACUUGUACAAGAAAUUAAAACGUGUUGGACAAGGUGCUUCUGGAUCUGUCUAUGUCGCUCAAUCAUUGGCUACCAAUACCAAAGUGGCCAUUAAGCAAAUGGAUUUGGCUCAUCAACCCCGUAAGGAUUUAAUUGUGACUGAAAUCUUGGUAAUGAAGGAAUCUCAACACCCCAACAUUGUCAAUUAUCUCGACAGUUUCCUUGUUAGAAACAGUGACCUUUGGGUGAUUAUGGAGUACAUGGAAGGUGGUGCUUUAACUGAUGUGAUUGAUAAUAAUACCAUGACUGAACAACAAAUUGCUACUGUUUGUCACGAGACUACGGCUGGUCUUUGGCAUUUGCACUCUCAAAACAUUCUCCACAGAGAUAUCAAGUCUGAUAACAUCUUGUUGAAUGCUCAAGGUCAAGUCAAGAUCAGUGACUUUGGUUUCUGUGCCAAGUUGAGUGAUCAACGUAACAAGCGUGCUACAAUGGUAGGUACUCCUUACUGGAUGGCACCUGAAGUUGUGAAGCAAAAGGAAUAUGGUGCCAAGGUUGACAUUUGGUCUCUUGGUAUCAUGGCUAUUGAAAUGAUUGAAAACGAACCUCCUUACUUGGAUGAGGAACCUUUGAAAGCAUUGUAUCUCAUUGCUACUAAUGGUACACCUACUCUCAAGAAUCCUGAAAAACUCUCUCGUGAACUCAAGGGCUUCUUGGCUGUUUGUCUGUGCGUAGAUGUUAGAUCAAGAGCAACUGCAGAAGAAUUAAUGAAUCAUGAGUUCCUUAAGAAGGCAGGUCCUUUGGAAAUAUUGGCACCUUUACUUAAAUUCAAGUCAAAGCAUUAAUGUAAUCAUAUAUAAUUCCCCCUCACACACUCACACACACUUUAAUAAACAU